CAUCACACACCGAUCCGAGUCAUCUAACCCAGUUCCCCUUACUCAUCCGGUUACCAAUAAAACCCAUUUUACGCCGUUGGAUCCCCCACCCCCUUGGGACUCCCUGUACUUCAAUUUCUGAUCGUUAUUUCUGAAGCUCGAUUGCUACAUUUCGUGUCACAUGGCACCCAUGAAAGGCAUUCUUUCUCUGCAACGGGCUGCUUUGUUGAGGCGUCAAAAUGUUAAUUGGGGGCUAGGUACUAGAUUAUUUAGCACUCAAUCUGCAACAACCGCUAAUACCGCACAACCACCACCACCUCCCCCUCCUCCUGAGAAAACUCACUUCGGUGGUUUGAAAGACGAAGACCGCAUCUUUACCAACCUUUACGGUAUUCAUGACCCGUUUCUCAAGGGUGCCAUGAAACGUGGUGAUUGGCACAGAACUAAAGAUCUAGUGAUCAAGGGUUCUGAUUGGAUAGUAAAUGAAAUGAAAAAAUCUGGUCUACGGGGACGUGGUGGUGCUGGAUUUCCAUCUGGUCUCAAAUGGUCAUUUAUGCCUAAGGUAUCCGAUGGUCGUCCAUCCUAUCUUGUUGUUAAUGCUGAUGAAAGUGAACCCGGAACAUGUAAGGAUCGUGAAAUCAUGCGAAAUGAUCCGCAUAAACUUCUAGAAGGAUGCUUGAUUGCUGGAGUUGGUAUGAGGGCAACUGCUGCUUAUAUUUAUAUUAGAGGUGAAUAUGUGAAUGAACGUCUUAACCUCGAAAAGGCCAGAAAAGAAGCGUAUGCAGCAGGGUUACUUGGGAAAAACGCUUGUGGUUCGGGUUAUGAUUUUGAUGUGCAUAUCCACUUUGGUGCUGGUGCGUACAUUUGCGGUGAAGAAACCGCACUUUUGGAGAGCCUUGAAGGUAAACAAGGAAAGCCGAGAUUGAAGCCCCCGUUCCCUGCUAACGCAGGUCUAUACGGAUGUCCCACAACUGUUACAAAUGUAGAAACAGUUGCUGUAUCACCUACCAUUUUAAGACGUGGGCCCGAGUGGUUUUCUAGUUUCGGGAGAAAGAACAAUUCUGGGACGAAGCUCUUUUGCAUAUCUGGUCAUGUGAACAAACCGUGCACAGUCGAAGAGGAGAUGAGUAUACCAUUGAAGGAGCUGCUAGAGCGUCAUUGUGGCGGUGUUAGGGGCGGAUGGGACAAUUUACUGGCGGUAAUUCCUGGUGGUUCGUCUGUACCAUUGCUUACUAAAGACAUAUGUGAGGAUGUAUUGAUGGAUUUUGAUGCACUGAAAGCUGUGCAGUCUGGAUUAGGGACUGCAGCUGUUAUUGUGAUGGAUAAAUCUACUGAUAUUGUGGAUGCCAUUGCAAGGCUUUCGUACUUUUAUAAGCAUGAGAGUUGUGGUCAGUGUACACCUUGCAGGGAGGGUACUGGAUGGCUUUGGAUGAUUAUGGAAAGGAUGAAAGUUGGGAAUGCUAAGCUGGAGGAAAUUGAUAUGCUUCAAGAGGUGACUAAGCAGAUUGAAGGUCACACGAUUUGUGCAUUGGGAGAUGCUGCUGCUUGGCCCGUUCAAGGUCUUAUCAGGCACUUUAGGCCCGAACUCGAGAGGAGGAUCAGGGAGCGUGCUGAUAGAGAGUUGCUUCAGGCAGCUGCUUGAUUCAGGCGGAGCCCUGCAAUCUGUGGAAUAAACAUGCAGAAGUAAUCCUGGAGGAAAUUGAUGAACCUUUUACGAGCAUGGUUUAAAUUUAAGAUUUGUAUUGAAGUAUUAUAUAAUGUGACUGAAAGUAGCAUCCUCUUUUUGUAACUGGGGAAACUUUUGUUGUUUCAGUGUGGUUUAAGGAUACGAAGACGUCCUAUGUUUAUUAUUGAACAUACUUCAUUUAGACAUGUUAAUAAGCCGAAUGCAUUGUUGUAAUGGUACAUUCUCAAGCUUUUGAAACCUCAAA